AUGAAGGACCUCGAGGCACGAUCCACCUCGCAGCAGGAGGACGCCCUUAGCCAGCUUACAGAGGAGCUCAAACAGUUGAGGCAAGAUGUCGCCGGUAAAUUCCGGGCGGCUGAGGAAAAUGCAGAUGCCGUGCGGUCAGAGGUGGCGAGCCGUUUUGCCUCGCUACCCGAUUACCAAGCGGAGCUCCAGCCGGUGAAGCGUCAGCUCCAGUUGGUGGAAAGCCUUCUUCUCGCGUACCGGGAAGCCUUGUCGGAAAUGACGGUGAGGCUCCGGGGAUCGUUGGAGAAGGAUUCCAGCGCGCAGCAGCCUAGCAGUCCCCGAAGCGGGCGUUGGGCUGCGAAGCAAAGCCUUGCAGCGAGUGCGAGGCGCCACGCUUCCGUCGAUCGCAUGUGGCACCCGGGAACUCAAGGAUUGAAGAAGCUCGUUGAGGGAGCCCUGCAGAGCGUGGAGGAGUUGCACAGCCGAGUGAGGCGAGUGGAGGAUUCGUCAUCCGCUGGCGAGCUUGCAGAUUUGAAGAGGCAAUUCGACAUCCUGCAGGGAGAAACUUUGCUGAGCUUCCACCAGCUUCAGCAAGCGGUCGCCGACCUGAACUGCAGCUCUGCCACGAAACCGCCAUCAGAGGACGGCUCUGCCAAAGAUUGCCGAGCUGAACUCGAAUCUGCACCCACAGGCUUCGCUGACCCCAGAUGUACCGAGCUUGCUGAAAGACUCAGCGCUGUAACUGCAAAGCUGGAAGGACUGGAGGCCGACACUCUCAGCGCUCUUACGGCAAAGCUGGAGCACCUGGAGGCGGCGGCUUUUCCAGACCUCGCGAGCAGAGUGGAGCAACUGCAGGUGGCGCUGCAGCAACAUCCCGAAAGGGCUCCUUCGACGGCAGCAGAGGCCGAGGGUCUCAGUGUUCUCACGGCCAAGCUCGAACGGCUGGAGGCGCUGCAGCAGCAGCCCGAAGAGGGGCUGCCAUUGGGUCUGCAGGACGGCAGCAAUCCCAGUGCUCUCUCGGCGACGCUGGAGCAGCUGCAGGAGAAGGCCGCGCCGGUGGAUAUGCAAGCACUGAGUGCUUUCUCUGCGAAGCUGGAUCGACUCGAGACGCAGGUGGAGGCAUUGCCAGAUCUAGUAGGCAAAGUGGAGAUGCAGGAGAAGGUGCGGCAACAACCCAAUGAGGCGACAGUUUUGCAGGUCGAGGCUCUGAGUGCUCUCACUGCGAAAGUGGAGCGACUCGAGACGCAGGUGGAGGCAUUGCCAGAUCUAGUGGGCAAAGAGGAGAUGCUCCAGGCGCAGGAGAAGGUGCAGCAGCAACCCGAAGGGGCGACGGCUCUGCAGGUCGAAAGGCUGAGCGUCCUCGCGGCGAAGUUGGAGCAGCUCCAGGUCGAGAAUCAGACCGCUCUCACAGCGAAGAUGGACCGGCAAGAGGAGUUAGCUGACGCUUCUGCAGCGUCCGCCGCGCAGGCGGAGCUGCUGUCGGCCCUGGCGGAGCGAGUCGCCAUCCUCGAGGAUUUCAGCGAGAAGCCAGCUGUAGAAUUGGGCAUUGAAGCGCAGGUCGCCGAUCUGAGGAAGAGCUUGGAAGCCUUGGACGACCAGACGCACCAGCUCACGGUCAGCUACAGCCAGCUGAGAGAAAUGAUUGGGGACAAUCCAGAGGAUUCGACCGCCAGCAUGUCCAAAGAACUCCAGAGCCUUCGCGCUGCGAUUGAUGUGCUGUCGGCCGAAAGCGAGAUAGAGUCGACUUUCAAAGACACGGUGGAAAGAAUUGAUGGCGAUGUGGCUCGUCUCUUUGCUCGAUUGGAAGAUGCUGAGUCUUCGCUCGUCCAAGGUGACACCGACGACCUGGUGGCCCGGACCGUCAGCGACGUCGCCACCUUGCAAGAGGCCAUGGCGUCUCUGUCCCUCCGCACCACCGAUAUUGAGGGCACCCUCGAGAAGCUCGAAACAAGGAGCCUGGCAAAUGAGACGGAAAGGCUUGCAAGCCUCAAUCAGAACGUCACUGCGAUGCAGGAAGAGCUCUCCACGCUGCGCCCUGAACUCCUGAAGGAUUUGGGUCGUGUCGGGGAAGAUGUAGCGGCGCUGCAAUCAGCCUUCGACGAGGCUGUUUUGCGGGCACCGUCCAUCAGACAGCCGUGA